UUCGUUACAUUGCGUUGCGUCUUCAACUGACGGCCAACUAGCGAAGGUUUCCAUCCUGUCCGCUUUGAUGUCUGAUGGGCGACAUUUUUUUAACAUUUUCACGUAAACUCUACGUACAUACGACGCUUCGGCUCUCCUACAAAAACUGAAGAUGUAGGUUAAACGUUUUUUUCGACGUCGUUUAAGCAGUGGUGGACAUAUGAAAGACGAGUCUCUGACGACUGGUGAUCAUUUCUUCUGUUAGCAUCUGAGAAAACGGACUCAAACUGGCGGAAAUGGACGAGCAAAGUGUUGAGAGCAUUGCCGAGGUGUUCCGCUGCUUCAUCUGCAUGGAGAAGCUGAGGGAUGCUCGCCUCUGCCCGCACUGCUCUAAACUCUGCUGCUUCAGCUGCAUACGACGCUGGCUGACAGAGCAGCGUGCACAGUGUCCACACUGUCGGGCUCCGCUGCAGUUGAGGGAGCUGGUGAACUGUCGCUGGGCCGAGGAGGUCACGCAGCAGCUGGACACACUGCAGCUCUGCAGCCUCACCAAGCACGAGGACAACGACAAAGACAAAUGUGAAAACCACCAUGAGAAGCUGAGUGUCUUCUGUUGGACCUGUAAGAAAUGCAUCUGCCACCAGUGCGCGCUAUGGGGAGGCAUGCAUGGAGGCCACACUUUCAAGCCCCUGGUGGAGAUCUAUGAGCAGCAUGUCACCAAGGUGAAGGAGGAGGUGGCCAAACUGCGGCGGCGCCUCAUGGAGCUCAUUAGCUUGGUGCAGGAAGUGGAGAGAAAUGUAGAGGCUGUGAGGGGCGCGAAGGAUGAGAGGGUCCGUGAGAUCCGUAACGCAGUGGAAAUGAUGAUUGCUCGUCUGGACAACCAGCUCAAGAACAAACUCAUCACACUCAUGGGCCAGAAGACAUCCUUGACCCAGGAGACAGAGCUGCUGGAGUCGCUCCUGCAGGAGGUGGAGCAUCAGCUUCACUCCUGCAGUAAGAGUGAGCUGAUCUCCAAGAGUCCAGAGAUCCUGCUCAUGUUCCAGCAGGUGCACAGGAAGCCCAUGCAGUCUUUCGUCACCACACCAGUCCCGCCUGACUUCACCAGCGAGUUGGUUCCUGCCUACGACUCAAGCACUUUUGUCUUGGUCAAUUUCAGCACUCUUAGGCAGCGAGCCGACCCGGUGUACAGCCCUCCUCUUCAGAUAUCUGGCCUCUGCUGGCGACUCAAAGUCUACCCAGACGGCAAUGGUGUGGUUCGUGGAAACUACUUGUCUGUCUUCUUGGAACUCUCUGCUGGACUCCCUGAAACGUCAAAGUACGAGUACCGUGUGGAAAUGGUCCAUCAGGCCUCCAGCGACCCCAGCAAGAACAUCAUCCGUGAGUUUGCCUCUGACUUUGAGGUGGGUGAGUGCUGGGGCUACAACCGCUUCUUCAGGCUGGACCUCCUGGCCAGUGAGGGCUACCUGAACAUGCAGACGGACACCCUGGUGCUCCGAUACCAGGUGCGAUCCCCCACCUUCUUCCAGAAGUGUAGAGACCAAUACUGGUACAUCAGCCAGCUGGAGUCAGCCCAGAGUGGGUAUGUCCAGCAGAUCAAUAACCUUAAAGAGAGGCUGGCCAUUGAGCUAUUUCGCCAUCGCUCCUCACGCAGCUCCUCCCCUUCCGACUCAAGGCUGGCAGCAGCCUCUGAAAGGGACCCCCGUGCCGCCAAGAGCGACGGCGACAUCCAGACUACGCUGAGCAAUGCCAAAAAGGGAAGCGAAGACGACGAGAGGGCCCAGCAUCAUGACGACUCCAACGAGCUCUCUGAUGGUGACUUGGAGGUGGACUGUCUCACUGAGGAAGAGGUGAACCCGCUGGACCUCAGCAGCACCUCGGGGAGCUCCACGGCCACCAGCAACACAGAGGAGAACGACAUAGAUGAAGAAACCAUGUCGGGAGAGAACGACGUAGACUUCAUCGGGAACCUCGACACUGAGGAAGGAGAGCUUCCCGAUGACCUGGAUGGAGCCUCUGGUGCUUCCUGCUCCGCUCUGCGCUCAUCUCAUCGCAGCGCUGCCAUUGGCCGCGGUGCCAGCGGAGGGGGUGGAGCCACCGCUACUGGUGGUGUGAAUGGGUCAGGCAGCCUCCUUGACAUAGACCCGGCCAUCCUGAUCCAGCUGCUGGAUCUGAAGGAGCAAAACAACGUGGAAGCCCUGUGGGGGCUUCAACCUCGUCCGCCUGUGUCCCUCCUCCACAGCCAAGCCAGUCUGUCCUCCAGGAAAGAGCGAGAGCGCCGCCCUCAGGUGGUGCGGCGAUCCGCCCCAGACUCCGCGGUCCUCAUCCGCCUCAAAGCUCAGAUGGCCGAGGUCCGCAGCAGGAUGUUGGACGUCAAGAGCCAGGUGCUGGAGGCUCGUGCUUCUGCCGAGCCUCAGCCGGGCCCAUCUGGAAUCUUCAAUGCCGAGGAGGUGCCGUCGCACCACAUAGACUCGGAGACGUCAACCACUCGCAAACACGCUGAGCUGGCCCAGCUGGUGAGAGCGGUCCGAUCCAGGCCCGGUCGCCCAGGCAGGAAAUCCCUGUCGUCCCUCCUGGAAAGCAGUGGUGCUCCAGUUGGGAAGCGCUGUGGCCCGGAAGAGACGGAGAAAGAUGUAAGAGGAGCGGAAGCAGCCACAGAGAUCAGCCCUCAUCCAAAAGAUGCUGCAGACGGAGGGCUGAAGGCAGCAGAUGGUGCUCAGGUCAGCUCCUCAGCAGAGCAGGUGUACACGUCCAACACCUCCAACGUCAGGGACCUCUACUCCUUGGUCACGUCCAUCUACAUGGCGGACAGCAAGAACUGUGGAACUCGGACCCCAGGGUUGGAUUCUGAAUCAGAAAGCUCAGGAAACUCCCAUCAGUCCUUGCUGGAGGGACCCUCGUCCUCUCAGCCGCUGUCCAGCAAUGAUGGACACUUUUCCUCAGACCCGCCUCCCUCCAUCCUGGUGGAGGCGACGACGAGCAGCGAGAGCGACACGGAGGACGACGAAGAGGAGGUGGAGGCUCUGCAGAGCGCCAACUCUCGACGCUACGACAGCCAGACUCCGCCCUGCACAGGGGAGUCAUUGUGUGAAGACAUGACUGACAGGUGAUCCAAACCCCACCCCUUCCUGCCAGACGUUUAGAUGGCCUCUUAGAUACAAGCCAUCAUCACUGGAUGCAAAUGUUACUUCGUUGUUGUGUGUUAUGUUUGACUGCAUGAUUUUCUGUCACACUUGACAUAUUUUCGCCUCGUUUGGCCUCACGGUGCUCGCUAACUUUUUGAGUGUGUGUGUGUGCGCGCGCGUGUGUGUGUGUGUGUGUGUGUGUGUGUGUGUGUAUCACACCGCAGGUCAUCUUUAAGAGUUAUCUUCUGCAGGGUUUGGUCCAAAUGCCAGCAGUGACAUUUUAAAAAGGCUAAACGAGCACUGAAUCACCGUUUAAUAGCCAGCGUCUUGCUUCUUCCGUGCUGUUAACAAAGGUCAAGGUUGAAAAGUUGAGGUUUCCGCGUGUAAAAACAUCACUGUGGAAGAGACCGCACACACACGCUUUGUUGUCAUGGAGAUGGAAAAUCAACAUUAAGACAAACAAACAUAGCCAUUUUGGACAGAUGGAAACGCCACUGUUGGAAGUUGUCUUCCGCUUCUCUACUGGUUACAUAAACACUGUUGACUUUGUCUUUUUGAAAAAAGUGUGUUCAUGAAGAACCUUUCUGCACUUUGCAAGCAUCCAUUCUCCUCCUCACUGAGCCAUACUGGUUUGUCAUCAGUAGGAUCAAGUUCUUAUUCAUUAGGAUGCUUGUUGCAAGUUUAAACGUCCCGAUGUUGUCAUGUGCACUGCUUGUUUUGCAACACAAAGGAACAAAAGCUUUGUGUGUGUUCAGAAUUGAGCCAAGGGAACAAAGCGUCCCUUUAUUAGCUUUUUUUGUUUUCUUUUAAGAAAUGUCAUUUUGUUUUUCAUGUAAUAAACUUCAUACUUGAACAUCUUCGUCCUGUCCGUU